UGAUUUAUGCCCGGGAUUCAUUACCGGAUGAGACAAAUAAUGCCUUUCAAGCUGCUUGUCUCACCACACAUAACAUGUACAGAGCUCUUAGCGUCAACACCUCAUCACUUAAAAUUGAUCCUAAUAUCACACAAUACGCCCAACAGAGGUGUCAAUCGAGAUCCCAGAGCAAUGGGUUGAGCGCCGGGCACUCGGGUCUGGACUCCAAUUACGGGGAGAACCUGUUUUGGAUGGGAAGCAGCAACCAAAUGAUUCCCAACUGUUCGCAAGCCAUCACAGCCUGGUAUAAUGAGAUAGAAAACUACGACUUCUCACAGCCGGGCUACAGUUCAGCAACCGGACACUUUACGCAACUGGUGUGGCUGUCAACCACUCGAGUGGGCUGUGCGGCGUGCGGUGGAAAGGGUACCAAUUUCUUUGAGACGUACGUUGUGUGCGAUUAUCAACCGCCGGGUAAUAUAAUCGGCCAGUUCUCAGCUAAUGUUAUGCCACUUAUUAAGCAAAACAAUUAG